UGGUUGGCUGAUUCGAUAACAUUUUGAGUAUUGCCGGGGCUGCCGGGGUACCACGUGCAUAACUUCUCUCGUUGACUCGUUGUUAUUACAAUCGGCAUUCGUGCUUUAGAUGCUUUUCAACAACGACGCGUACAGUGUUAGUUUUCGUCCGACUUUUUUUUACUCCCCUCUUACUCUUUCUCUCUCCCUCUUCCUCUCACUCACUCGCUCUCUAACUCCUUUUUUUUCUCUCCAUCUCUUUCUACUUAUAUUUAAACAGACACAACCACAACCACGCUAUUGAGAAUCAAGACUAUUUUACUUUUUCUUCCGUAUUGUUUUCCGUGUGUUUAUUUAAACUGUUUACAUGUGAUCAUAACCAUAAAUAAUAUAAUUAAAUAUAUAUAUAUAUAUUUAUAUUGUUAGUAACAUACAUACUUAUAUUUAUAAACAAAUAAAGUAAAUAUGAAUUUUAAGUGAUUAAAGUGUGUGUUGAUGUGAUGUUUUAAGUUACAAGUAAAUAAAAAUAGUGAUAUUUUGUCUGUACAUCUGUCGAGUGUCGAACCCGUGCCGGUGCGGGUGUUGGCUGAUAUUGAUUUAUUUAUAUUUACUGUUACAAAUUUUUUUCUGUGCAUUUUUAAAUGUUUAUUGUGAAUUUAAUGGAUUUUUACGGAUCAAUGGAUUUUUUGACACUUUUUUAAAGUUUUUAAUAAUUAAACAUUGCGACAAUCUGGACAGGAAAAUGAUUUUCUAAAGUCAUCAAUAAAUCACCAUAGCCAAGGGGAAGAAUUCGUGAGGGUACAAAAAAAACUUGAAUAAUAAUAAUAAUAAUAAUGGAUUUGUACGACAUGGGAAGUGACCUGAGGGAUCUAUGGGAAUCGUAUUUGGGUGAGCCGAUGCUUGGGAACGAUCUUCUAAUCGGCAAAGAUGAGGACUGGAAUAUACUGGGAGUUAAAGAUAAAACUCUCGAAGUUGUUUUACGUGACCGUUUGAUGACUGACGCAGCUCUAGGUGGUACAAGACCCAUUAAAACUGAACACAGCUACAGUUUAUUAGCUUAUAGUCCACCAGCAUCACCAGCUACAACUAAUUGUCGUUCACCAUCACCCGCAACGGUUAAUGUAGCUUCAAGUAAACGUGAAAUUGACAUUGAAGGACGUAUAAGAAUAGCCACCAAAAUUGAUGAUAUGGAAGAAGAAUGUUUUCCCGCAAUAUCAAUGAAAAAAGCCUCCAGUCAUGGACGUACAUCACCAACGGAUUCAUCACCAAUAACACCAUCAAAUAUUCUUGAUGUUGUAGAAGAGUGUAUGGAAAUAAAAGAAGAGCCAUUACAUUUAAUUGACAAUAAUAAUGAUGAUGUUGAAAUAAAUAUUGAUAUUGACGAUAAAAAUCUUAUUGAAAUGAUUUCACCAAAUCGAUUACAUUUAGAUGGACAAGUUCAACAACAGCAACAGCAACAUAAUCAUAAUCAUCAUCAGCAGCAGGAGCAACAGCAACAACAUACAAGCGACAGUGAAGCUGAUGAUGAAGAUUAUGAAGAUAUGAAUUUAGGUGAAUAUCAUGUAUCAUCACAACUAAUAAGUAGCAGUAAUAGUUGUUGUAAUGAUGAUACACAAACAUCAUCGCAAAGUUUACCACCAACACCACCUAGUAGUAAUAAUUCAGACAGUGAAAGUGGUAGUAAUGGCGGAGUAUCAGCAUCAUGUUCACCAAUAAGACGUCUUGAUAAUAACAAUAUAUGUACUGUACAAAAUAUACGUGGUAUUUAUGGACCACGUUUAUAUGUAACUAAUGGACAUACAACAAGACAACCUAUUCAUACAUCAUUGAUAUCAUGUCAACCGAAGGGAUCAACAGGUACAUUGAUUCUUACUGAAGAAGAAAAACGUACAUUAAUAGCCGAAGGUUAUCCAGUACCAACAAAAUUACCAUUAACAAAACAAGAAGAAAAAUCAUUAAAAAAAGUACGUAGAAAAAUAAAAAAUAAAAUAUCAGCACAAGAAUCACGACGAAAGAAAAAAGAAUAUAUGGAUGGUUUAGAAAGAAAAGUAAGCAUUUUGUCAAAUGAAAAUUUAAAUUAUCGCAAUCGUGUCAGUACACUUGAGCAGACAAAUCGAGAAUUAAUGAAAGAACUGGAACAUCUUCAAGCCCUUGUCGCUCGUCAAAAAUCUUAGUUUUAAAUAUUCAAAUAAUUGAAUGAACCAUUGCAAUUUUUUUUUUUUUUAAUUAUUAAAAAUAUAUUAAUUUAUUAAAUUAGUUGAAGAAUAAAUAAAUUAAGUUUUUAUCGUAAGCCAAAGUUAGUACGA